GCAAAAUCGUUCUGUAUGAAUACGCAGUAAUUCCCGAGUCCCCGUUCAGUUUAAACGUCAAAUAAGUGUCGAUAAAACUAACAGAAAUGGCAAUUACAUCCAUGAGGUGCAUCCUCGUCAUAUUUUUGGCUGCCGUUUGCUGUAAGUGCCAAUCAGACAACCCCGGUGCUUCUUCUUCUUGGGCGAAACUGCAAAUCUCACCUGAUACGUUAAGUUCCAUGAAGUACGGCAACUUUCUCGUUGAAAUUUACGAACACGCCAAUAAUCACAAGGCAACGACGACCGACAGUAAGAAAAAAUAUUUCUACUCCCCCAUUGCGCUACUGGACCACAAAAGUGCCGUUAGUAGAUUGAACAGAGUGACGAAACAACAAGAGAUGAGAUUUCGUGUGGAAAUGUGGAACGACAAAGUCGAAAAUGAAGUUGUGAAAUAUUUGAACGAAAUCGUCGGUCAUCAAAUCAAAUCAAAUCAAGUGAGAGUCAUUCCCUUGGAGAAGGUCAUUCUUACUAGCAACACACCCGCAACAGAUUAUUCGCUAUCGCCAGUGUGGACGAAUUAUGACAAGAGUAAAACUCUGAGACUUUCUCUGUCGUGUUUUGAACAGAAAAUCUGCGACGAACUGGCCAGUGAAAUGCGAUCCGACCCCGAACAAUUUGACCAUUUCAAACUUCUUUACAGUUUGUCAUCGCAGACGUCGCAAACCAAACAGACGACCAUCCGCAUCGACAGCGUCACUUCCGGUCAAAUGGUCUCGACUCUUUUACAGAAAUUUGGAGACAAAAAAGAAAUUUUUCUGACGGCCAACGACGAGAAGAAAAUGUUGACGGAAACGGCCACCAACAUCCGAAUGGACACAUUUGACGACUCUGAGGUCGGGUCGCCUGAUACGGAGUUUCAAAUUUCAAAUAUUUUAAAGGAUUUGCUGGUCACAUCCAGGACUACCAUCAAAGAGCAAAGUGACAAAAUGUGGGACUCUGUUUUUUGGAAUGAAGAUAAUUACCGGCCGGACAAGACGACAAAAACUUUGAACGAAAUCCUCAACAAACUGGACACGGAAACUCAAAAGAAAUUGGCGGACAUGUUUCAGAAAGCGGAGAGGCUGUCUGAAAUAACCGAAAAAUUAACUUCAAGUAAUAAAGACGAGGAAAGAAGACGUGAGGAACAAAUUCGUCGCGAAAAUCAAUCGAAAGAUGCAAAUGAAAAUGAAAGGAGAAGAUCAGAAGCAACGGACCAAGGGCAAACCAGCCGCAAUCAAACUCGCGAUGACAAGUCGAAUAUAAACAAAGUCGACACGGAAGUCGAUGGCGGUGGGUGGGGCAUUCAUUUUGGCGUUAAAGUCGGACCGGAAAAUAGUAACACGCACAAUGCCGAACGAGAAAACGAGAAGACUGACAGGGCAAAAACCAACUCUGAUGAACACGACAGAGAGUUAGAGAAUAAAGAAAUAAUCCAACACAAUUUCGACUCAAACAGUUGGGCUAACGCGGACAGAAUCAGUUCAGUCAUUUCAGGGAAAAUGGCACAAGAUUCCGAUAGCUCCCGGCGAGUCGAAAUUAUGAAAGAAGAAAUCGCAAAAUUAUUACAAGAAAGUAGAGACUACGUCCAAUGGGACGGAGAGAAAUUCGUGCCCAAACCGAUGCAACUGAGCCGAAUCAAUUUGGGCAAAUUUCGUGAUUCUCAAUCGUUUCAAGAUCGCAGCGUUCGUGUUCGUUACACGACCGCUGAACUGUCGGCACCGAUAAAAUUUUUAGAACACACAGAAUUGACCGUCACUGACGAAUGGAACAAUUUGAAGGAGGAACUCAAAGCCACUACUGAGCUGUUAAGUACAACUGUGAACAACUUGGUGAAGAUGAAUAUCGAACUGAGAAAUGCGAAGAGCGAUUUAACUAAAACGCGAAUUGAUUUUACUAAUAAAUUAGAAGGGACUAAAAAGGAGUUGGGGGAAACCGAAAUCGACUUGGAGAAAACGAAGACCGAUGUCAAUGAUCUCUUUAUAAAGUUAAAUGAGGCUAAGCAGGAUUCGGUGAAAACAAGUGCAGAUUUCAUCAAAACCGUCGAUGAUUUAUCUGCAAAAUUAAAUGCGACCGAAAAAGAAUUGGCGAAAACGAAAAUCACGACCGGAAAUUUGUCAUCUGAACUCAAAAAUUGUGUAGCGAAUUCGGAUCGAUUUGGUCAAGAAUUAAAAGUUACCGCCGAAAAUUUAAAAAAAGAUCUAAGAGCAACCUCAACUGAUUUGAAAACUACAAAAACAAGUUUGGCCUCAACGAGAACGGAAUUGAACAGAACAAAGUCCGCCGUUGCGGAUUUGGCCACCAAAUUUAAAGCCCGAACGAGUGAAUUAGUCGACAUUGGUAAAAUGCCAACCUCGUGUGCGGAUCUACAACGAACGGGACAUAAACUGAGCGGAUUCUUUUCCGUAAAAGGAGCGAAGAAGAUGGAAAUGAUUUACUGCAACUUUUUUGCUAAUCAAAAUGACAAACAGAAAUGGAUUGGAUACGCCGACGUCAAAUCUGCGCCCGUCCAUUUCUACGUCCAGAGAAAUUAUACAUUUUACAACGAAUCAACUCCGAUCCCGUUCGAUUUGGCGAUGGUGAACGAGGGAAAUGCCAUGGAUUUGACGUCUGGGAUCUUCACGGCACCGCGACCGGGAAUUUAUUUUUUCUCUUUCGCGGGAACGGCGCGUCUUUUAUCUUCGGCUUCGUUAAAUUCUUUUCUUUCUUUGAACAGUAAUCCAAUCGGGGCGAGUUUUGUUUCACAGAAUAACGACCCCGUUGAUCAAUAUAAUCCGGUGACCCUCCAGUCGACGCUGAACUUGAAAAAAGGCGAUCAAGUCUGGGUGGAGAUUUGGUACACUGGUUCAUCGUCUUUGCAUGACGACAGUUCCCACCACACCCAUUUCACGGGUUUUAUGUUGGGGGAGGAAAUUGUGGCGUCACUUUGAGGUUCAACUUCAUCGGCGACACGAAAAAUUUUCGACCCAAACAUUUUUGUUUCAUAUCGACACGAACAUUGUGGGAAGGGAAUUUUAGAUGGGGGGGGGGAGGGAUUGAAAAUUCAAAAGUUACAAAAUACAGGUGGACAAGAAAUGUGAGAAAAUUCAUUCGCCUCUAAUUCCUUUACAGAUUGAAAUUUUCAAAUAAUUUGUUUAGUAAUCGUUCAAAAAAAUGGGCUUUUCUAUCUCUAAAAAUAAGGGCAAGGGACGUGAAAACUCUAUUUGAUUGCCAGAUAUAAAAAUUGCAUAUUUUUUAAUAAAAAAAUGUCGCUUGUAAUCAAAACGAAAACGAUGCAACUACACAUCUCGUCUAUCUUUAAUAAAAGUUUUCCACUAUU